GUUGCUGAGGUGCUGCUCAAUCCUCUUGGUGAAGACGACGACGAUUUUGAAUGCAAUUACAUAUUGGACCGUAAUCUGCAGCUUACGCACAUCUUGAAUAUGCAAUUGCUGAAUUCUUUUUUUGAGGUCGGACUCAACGUCGUCGACAAAGCCUACGACACCUUCCCAGAGAUGGUUCGUGAUGAUUUCUGGGAGGACAGCUUACCCGAACCGCUCUACACAGCCGAAAGCGCUCAAAGACCAAUCAAUCCACAAGUCGGAAGCUGUGUUGAUAUGUAUGUCGGACUCAACGUCGUCGACAAAGCCUACGACACCUUCCCAGAGAUGGUUCGUGAUGAUUUCUGGGAGGACAGCUUACCCGAACCGCUCUACACAGCCGAAAGCGCUCAAAGACCAAUCAAUCCACAAGUCGGAAGCUGUGUUGAUAUGAGUACUCAUGAGGAGCCGUUCAUGAUUCAUCCGCGACGUCGAACGAUUUCACGCGCAUCACAUUGGGACGGCGAGGUGGAAAACGAUGAUAUGGUGCCUGUGAUUGGGAAUGACAAACCCAGAGACAACAGUCAUAGCAGCUCGUCGUCGUUGGAUCGCUUCGAUGAAAGUUUCCACAAUAAAGUUAAUCCGCCAGGUCUGUAUCCACAAAACGGCUCCAGCAAAUUCAGCAGAUCGGUACCUGACGGGAUGAAGAUGGCAUUCGAUGAAACGGGACCGAAAUCGCCAAGGUCACCGCCUCCUGGAGGUGUGGCGUGGUUUGUGGACGAGCUGGGCCGUGAUUUGCAGAAGAAGCGACCUGAAAAGCGGGCGCAUAUCCGGAGAAGAUUCAAUGAGCAGCAGUCGAAGUGGCAGCAGUUCCAGAACAGAACAGCGUACCCGAGAGCACUCGCUGGAUGUCCUGCCUUCCGUCUCCGAGAAGGAAGAGAAAACGGAAUCGAAAGCGAAAGUCGAGGAGAAAAAUCCUUCAGAAGACCAAAAAGAAAGCCGACCUUAAAGCAGAUUUCCUCGAUCUUUCGGUUCAUUGGUUCAGAAGCAGCGAACACGUGCGGACUUCACGACGUCACAGACUGCACUGCAGAUACCGUAUACAUUACCACGGUCUCUACAGAGAAACAGAGUUCAAAACCGGCUGGUCGACUUAUAGAACUGCUAGCACUACUC